UCAAAUUGUCAGUCUACGUGAGGCUCUUGAACAGCUAGCGAAAAUCAGGCAAACAAGACAAACAUGAAUACACCCGUAAGUCAUCGACGACCGCAAACGGUUUUCCGAAGAAACUAUCGCCCGAAGGUAGUGAAAACACAACACGAUCUUUCCUCUCUGCUGAUCACCCCGGACUUCGCUCCAGAGCUGCCCAUUGUCAACAAUGAGUCUACAUUGCGAACGCCCGGAGACAAACCAAAGCUCCUGUUCUCGGCCCUGGACCGUACCGGUUGGAGCCAUCGAGUGGAAUACGCGGUAAAUGAGAUUAUUCGUGAUCAAAGCGAAUGCCAGAAGGACAAAUCAGUUCAGGGUGAUAUCAACCGGAUGUUCGAGGCCACUAUGAGCACGGUGGUCCUGAUCGCAUCCGGUGAUAGCAACGUUUCCGAAGAACAUCUACUCUGGAGCGAAGCAUUCUUGCGAGGAAUUCGUGAUAGCUACGGAAACCAUCCACCAAACGUGCGCAAAAUGCUUGGGUUUAUAAAACACUUACAAGAUUCGCUUUCCAAGCGAAAUGAAAUCACCAGGAAUGGUGACAGCGGUGAUGUGAGUGAGCUAUUGGUUCGCACUUACCGCGAUCAUAUGCCCGCCAACGUGACAUUAACAAAGGUCCCACCACCGACGACAGUAUGAGUGGUGCGAAUGUAUGUGUGUAACCAAACACGCAACAGUGUUAUACAGUGGUUUACGACAGAAGUACACACGUUGGAAUGACACAGAAUGUUUUGUUUUAGGAAAUAAGGGCUGUAUUCAUAGUCACCUCUAUACCGUUCGAUACCAACGGCGUGAAGGAUCGAGAAAAGGAAUGAAAUCGAACAAAGAAAAAAGGACAGAGAAAAAAGAAACAAAAUAAUAAUGAAUGUUCAGAUGAAAUCACGUUCAAAUUUGUAGUAAACUUAUGUUCAUGCCGUACCAUUAUAUUCUGC